AUGAGGUUCAACAAGACCAAAUGUCGAGUCCUGCACUUCGGCUACAACAACCCCAGGGUACCUCUGGGCCUUCAGCAACGAAGGACCAGUAUAAAAGGCAGCCCAAUUCCCAGCUCUCCCAUCAACUUCUCUUGCCUCGCUCUCCUUGGGAACCGGGUUUACCUCCAGUACCAAGACAUGUCCUGCUACUCCCAGUGUGUGCCAUGCCGGCCCUGCGGCCCAACCCCUCUGGCCAGCAGCUGCAAUGAGCCCUGUGUCAGGCAGUGCCAGAACUCCAAUGUUGUCAUUGAGCCCUCUCCUGUGGUGGUGACCCUGCCUGGACCCAUCCUCAGCUCCUUCCCACAGAACACUGUUGUAGGAUCCUCCACCUCUGCUGCUGUUGGCAGUAUCCUCAGCUCAGAGGGUGUGCCCAUCACCUCAGGAGGCUUUGACUUGUCUGGCUUUGGAAGCCGCUACUGUGGCAGAAGGCGCUAG